AUGCUUUCCGAAGUGGCUCAAUUAUUUGAUCCAUUAGGAUUUCUCUCACCUUUCACCAUUCGAGCUAAGAUGUUAUUACAGGAACUCUGGCUUGAAAAACUUGCAUGGGAUGACUCACCCUCAGACUCAAUCAACAAGAAAUGGCUCAAAUUCAAAAAGGAAUUUUCUCAACUCUCAACAAUUUCAAUACCACGGUGGCUCAACAUCACUACAUCUUCAACAGUGGAACUUCAUGGUUUCUCGGAUGCUUCUCAACUCGCAAUGUCAGCAGUCAUCUUCAUUAAAUCAACAAAUUCACAACUCGAACCAAAAAUCAGUCUCAUCUGUGCAAAAACAAAGGUUGCACCACUCAAGCGGAUCACCAUUCCAAGAAUGGAACUCACGGCAGCGCAAUUACUCACUCGUCUCAUGAUUUAUGUUCAAAAUACUCUGGAAUUAUCGAAUUCACCAGUUUUCAUGUGGACUGAUUCACAGGUGACUUUAAAUUGGAUCCAAAGUCACCCAUCACAAUGGAAGGAUUAUGUUCGAAACAGGGUUUCAUUCAUUCAAGAUCAACUUCCUCAUGCUCAAUGGCGGUUUAUCAAAGGAAAGGAAAAUCCAGCAGAUUGCGCAUCAAGGGGAAUGACUAUCUCACAACUCAAAGGCCAUACUCUCUGGUGGAAUGGACCCUCAUGGUUAAAGGACUCAUCAAAUCAAUGGCCUUCCCCGCAAAUUAAAAUAGACAACUCAACUCAACUGGAAGAGCGGCCAGGACUCUCACUCAGGGUAUCAACAGAUCCUCAUUCUCAGCUCUGGGAUAUUAUUGAAAGAUACUCAUCACUUAAACAUCUGUUGAGAAUCACAUCAAUUUGCUUCAGGACCAUCAACACUCUCAAAUAA